GGUUUUCGGUUCCAUCACUAAUUGCGAGUAUGGUCAUACUUUUGGGUAAUUGUAAUAAAUAAAGGAAAGGCGAGGAGCUUUGUUAAAAUUUUAACAAAAUUGGGUGACAUUUUAGAAGUCGCUCUGUUUCUCCCGCAAUACUUACGAUACCGCACCGCCCGACAAAAAUGCCGCGAUAUAGGGAGUGGGAUUUGGCCUGCAAGGUGUAUGUGGGCAACCUGGGCUCAUCGGCCUCCAAGCACGAGAUAGAAGGUGCCUUUGCGAAAUAUGGACCCCUGCGUAACGUGUGGGUCGCCCGCAAUCCGCCUGGUUUUGCCUUUGUCGAGUUUGAGGAUCGCCGAGACGCGGAGGACGCAACGCGUGCCCUGGACGGAACACGCUGCUGCGGCACCCGGAUUCGCGUGGAGAUGUCUUCGGGUCGCUCACGCGAUCGCCGGCGCGGAGAAGGUGGCAGUAGUGGACGCUCUGGCUCCGGCCGCUACAGGUCCCGAUCACCACGUCGCUCCCGAUCGCCCCGCAGCCGCAGCUUCUCGCGUGAUCGUCGAAGUCGCUCGGACUCUCGCGAUCGUCAUUAAUAUUUCAAAAAGGAUAACGUUUAAGCAGUGUCGCAAUCGAAAAACAAGGUGGCUUAGGCCGACUUAUUAAUAGGAUGUCCUAUGUUGAUUGCGAUGUAAGUAAAUUUACUUCAGAUGACAAUAUAAAUCUUUCGAUGCAUUCUUAAAAUUCCUUUUUUUUUACAAAGAAAUAAAGACGCACAAUCAGCGAG